UCGGCGGACCUCGAGAAGCUUCGAAAGCCUUCCAGCCGGAAGUCGUUGAUCAGGGCCUGGAUUUACCUCACAAAAGAUUACUUCAUCAUAAGGAAAAUGAGUCAUUCUUCAAGUGCAGCAGACACCCGUAUUCCAAAAUCAGAUGAUCAACAGCCAAGAAAAGGCCAUAAAGCACAUUUUCUAAAUGUUGCAAAGGCAAAACGACUAGAAAUUUCAGCUCGGAAAAUACAGAAAUCUUGGUUCACUUAUAUGGACAAAGUAAUAUUUCAACUCCUAAAACAUACAGUUUGUGCAGCGGAACAUUAUGUGACAUAUGAAAUUCUGAAGAAAGUGAGCCCCUUAGAGGCUGAACUUAUUAAAGAUCCUAGCAUGAAGUGUAAAGUCAGAUUCAGAUUUAGUGGUGAAAGGUUUCCACCUUUUAUCGUUUUUAAAAUUUUUCUGCAUACUGAAGGCCGUGGUUACAAGUAUUUCAGUGGAAAAAAUUUAUUACAGCCAUCAAAUGAGGCAAUGGUUGAUGCUUGCAAGAUAAUGGGGAAAAAGAAAUUUUAUCAACAAAUUAUGGAAGAUGAACAUAUUUUCCAGAAGUUCAAAGUAACUGAUCAUGUAGAUAUUGUGACCAUGCAAGAUUACAUGCAGUAUUCCAGUCUCCUGGAUGAGACCCCUGCGUCAUCUGGUGGCAGGAAUAACCACUGGCGAAGAUUAAACCUCGAAAACAUUCCUAGGACAAUGAUGAUAUAUGACAUAGUUGAUUAUGCAGAGUCUGGAGUAAUCUCAAACCGUUUACAAAAAGAAAUGAAGUAUCUGUUACAGAGACCACGGACAGAAGAGAUGCGUCAGCACCAGCUAAAGAUUGUUUCUCAAGUUAGGUGCCCAUCCUUUGCAAUUAUGCAGCCUUUAUUACAGCCCUACCAGCAGCAAAGUGAAAUGAAACCUCUAGGUCGUCGAUCCAAGCAAGCUCGAAUGAAAGUUGAAAAAAUGAGAAAAGCUUAUAAGAUGGCUAAAAACAUGAAUGCUUCUGAGGUGACCGAACUGCAAAAGAAUGCAGCAAGUGCAAAGAAACAAGAGACAAUCAUCAUCUCUACCCCUUCUUUUGACAUUGUGAAAGUUAAUGAAUCUACAUCAGAUAGUGAAUUGGAAAAAGAAGAAGAGGAAUUAUUUGCCUGGUAUCAAGACUUACAUAUUGAUUAUUCUCCCUCAUGUUGAUACACAGCUAAUUGACAGAAAACCAAAGUAGUUUAACAAUCUGCUUGUCUGUCUGUAAAUAAAGGACAGUCAAAUAGAAACAGGUCCUGGGUCUGCUGUGUUAACCAAAUGUGUGACAUAUUUGUAAGCCUUUUUGUAUUAACAUGGGUGCAAUUAUUUUUUAUU